AUGGCCGACACGCCCUAUGGAACUGCCAUGUACACAGUGUCUCCCUCCUCCCCUCUCUCUCACUCUAUUCCACAAGAAAACUCAGGUGUUGGAGUGAAUGUGCUUACCCUUGCUUCGGCAAUCUCACGUGCUUCAACUUCCACCAGCACUGAUUCCUCUGAUUCUGAGGAUCCUUUCGCUCAUUUUGAGUCACUACUUGCUAAAAUUAACAAUGAUUGUAUCAUCUCCAUGGCAGUUCGCAUUUAUCAUGAACGUUCUGCAAUGCCUUCAUACGAGCGGGUCACCUGUGACCUUGUUUCUCCACCUCUCUGCGGAUCCUUCAACUUACUUCACGUCUUGAACUUCUCGGACGGAACCAAAUGGAUCCUUCGAAUCCCUAUGGAAGGCAUAGAAGGAUUCCCUACAGAUGGGCGUCAACUGGAAUCGGAGGUGAAGACAAUGCAUUUCAUCCGCAGAAACACCACUAUUCCCAUCCCUAAUAUUAUUAGCUUUGAUAGUACAACCGAAAAUGAGGUUGGAUGGCCUUAUCUCAUGAUGGAAUUUGUUGAAGGUACUCCUGUUUCUAGACUAUGGUUCGAUGAGACUGGGAAAACUCCACUCGAGGAGCGACGUCACAGAAUUCUAGACACAAUCGCCAGUGCCAUGUCCCAGCUGAAGGAUUUUAGCUUCAACAAAAUUGGAUCUCUUCAAUUCGAUGGGGACCCACGAUCGGAUUUGUUCCUUACCCCACAUAUUGGCUCGAUAAUCACACUCGACGAACAAAAUGAAAUGGCUCAGCGCAGAGAGGGAGUGGAUACUGGCCCUCUAUUCAAAAUAAUUGGCCCGUUUGCCAACUCGCAAGAAUACCUUGUUGCUUUGUUGGACGGACAAGGUCCACCAGAAAGUCCUUACGCAAUUGGAAUGCACAAAUUGUUUAGAAUGAUGAUCAAAUGUCUCCCGCUUUCACAUGGCGAUAAAGGCGAAGAAUCAUUCGAGAUCACUCACCCAGACUUUGGUGGCCAGAACUUUCUUGCAUCUGAAGACGGAACCUUGACCGCUGUUAUUGAUUGGGAUAACGUCCACACUUCCCCUUUGUGGAUUGGAUGUCGCUCGUAUCCGGCAUGGCUCACCCGAGACUGGGACCCCAUAAUGUACGGCUAUGGCAAUCCGAAUUGCAUCCCCGAAGAUUCGCCAGAAAAGCUCGAAGCAUAUCGUAAAUACUACGCCGAAAAGAUGGAAUCUUUAGGUAGUGCCAGGUUUACUAUCAAAUCUCAUCUCUAUGAGUCUAUCGUCAUUGCUGCCACUAGUGCACUUUCUAUCUAUGAGAUUGUGGACAAGUUCUUUCACCACAUGUUUCCGAAGGAGGCUGAAGCGGCUUCUGAUGAGGAAGAUGAAGAUGAUACCGAUGAGGAUGAUAGUGAAGAUGGUGAUGAGGUGAACAACGACGACGAAAACGGUUCCAAAAAAGACAAGAACAUGGAGGUUGAGGAUGAUUCCGAGGAGGAGGAGGAGGAGGGUGAUGAAAACGAUGACGAUGACGAUGACGAGGAUGACGAUGAGGUUCCGGGUUUGUGGAAGGUUACUCAAGCGCUGGCUAGUGACGGUCUGAGCAAAAAGGUCGAGCAAAAGAUCAUCUCUAAAAUGCAAGAUUUACUAUCGCUUCCGGAAGACGUCUCAACCAUCUCGGUGGUUCACACAAUCUCUAAGGCUGCAAAGAUCUGGCAAUUCAUUGAAAAGUGGACUGGGGCCACAUUGCUGUUCUCUUUCUGCGCAUUUAUUCUUCCUGCCGGUGUGUCCUCAGCAAUCAAGAAAUUGCCUCGUUUUAUCAACUUCCUGCCGUGGCUUCGUGUUAAAACAAACGUGUCUAAAGUUUGA